CGUUCUCCUUUUUGACCUAAAAAUCAAUAAAAGACUGCCACCCGUCGUCCCCUUUUCCCCUUUGCCGAACCUCUCUCAGCCUCUCUGUCGAACACCUUGACCGCUUCCUAGUUCCUACGCGUCCGCCGUCGCCGCCGAUCGAUGGCCCUCCCGAUGCAAGGCGAGCAGAUGAAGCAGCUGCGCGACAUCUUCGACCGCUUCGACAUGGACGGCGACGGCAGCCUCAAGCAGCUGGAGCUCGCCGCCCUCCUCCGCUCGCUCGGCCUCAAGCCCAGCGGCGACCAGAUCCACUCCCUCCUCGCCAACAUGGACGCCAACGGCAACGGAUCCGUCGAGUUCGACGAGCUCGCCGCUGCGCUCGCCCCCGCCAUGACAGAUCAGGUCCUCCUCGACCAGGAGCAGCUCCUCGAGGUCUUCCGCUCCUUCGACCGCGAUGGCAACGGCUUCAUUUCCGCGGCUGAGCUCGCCCGCUCCAUGGCCCGCAUGGGCCAGCCCCUCACCUUCUUCGAGCUCACCGAUAUGAUGCGCCAGGCCGACACCGACGGAGACGGCGUCAUCAGCUUCCAGGAGUUCGCCGCCGUCAUGGCCAAGUCCGCUGCCGAGUUCCUCGGCGUCACCCUCGUCGCCAAUUGAUCGAACACCUCGUAGGCGUGCGGGUGUGAUCUCUUUCCCCCUUUUCUAAUUGUUAGUAGCUAAUCUCGAUUAAUGCCUUUGCGACUGAACCAAUGUACAGAAGAAGCUAAUGCAGUUAGACUGAUAAGAUCGAUCGACGGAUUCAAUUGGUUUGGUUUCAUUUUUUUUUCUUCAUGUUAUUAUUCUCUUUAUUUUUCUUUCCCCUUCUUUUUCA